UCUCACCAUGCCGAUGAGAAGGUAAACCCUGUGAUCUCAACUAUCAGGAGCAUAUACGACACCUUUUGUGUCGUUUCAAUCCAUUUGUUAGCCAGGUGAAUGGUAACAAACGUUUGGACUCGGAACAUCGCCUGCAACACAAUCGUUGCAAGUCGGCAGUACUAACCCAAGGAGAGAUAAACAAAAAAUCAGCAGCUCAUCACACAACCGGCCCAAGUAUUUUCUUACUUUCCCCCGCUUCCAAACUAUCGUGGAAGCGUAAUGGAGCAUCGUGUCGCCGACCCCUAUUGAUUGCCCACGGAACAAGGCCACAGGACGUUCACUUGUGUACCGGCGAACGUAGCAGAAAACAGCUGAUUCAUACAAAAAGAAGGAAAGAAGAAAAUAGUGGACACUGUAAUUGAAAUCGGCGAAAGAAAGAAUGGCCAUUGAAGAUUUCGACGACAUUUUACCUCAUGUGGGCAGUUUCGGCGCCUUCCAAAAGAGGAUCUUGCUCUUAUCUCUGCCUGUCAAUUAUUUCCUGGCUGUCGUCUACAUGGCGCAAAUCUACCAGACUUUGACACCAGAACAUUGGUGCGCGGUACCUGAACUGAGCAACUUGGACUUAUUGGAUCGACGGAAUUUGUCAAUUCCGUUGGAGCUGCGCGACGGUGAGCUGGCCUACAGCAGGUGUCGCAUGUUUGAUGUCAACUACACUCACAUGGACGUGACGGAACAGCCAAACUCAUCGUGGCCUACCAAACCGUGCUCAACUACUGACGGCUGGGAUUAUGACCUGAGUGGCGGCAUGUAUCACACUAUCGUCUCUGAGAGUAAUUGGGUCUGCGAUGACGACUGGCGACCCAAUUUCGCACAAGCCAUGUUCUUCGUCGGGGCCAUCGUCGGCAGUCUGCUCUUUGGUUUAUUGGCCGACUGGUAUGGUAGAUUACCCGUCUUGAUCAUGAGCAAUGUACUGGCGUGCGGCGCAGGCGUGGCUACCGGAUUUGCCAAAGGAUUCGUCGAUUACGUCGUCUGCCGCUUCCUCGUCGGCAUGGCUUAUGAUCUCCAUUACAUGAUGAUGUACAUUAUCUUGAUGGAGUACGUCGGUCCUGAAAAAAGAACGAUAGUGGGCAACGUUCCCUUGGCUAUUUUCCUGACUCUGGGCGCUAGUAGUUUGCCGUGGAUCGCUUACGCUUUGGCGGAUUGGCGUCUUUUUUCCAUCAUUUCCUCGGCUCCGAUUGCCAUUAUCGUUGUCGCUUGGUGGCUAGUUCCCGAAUCCGCACGAUGGCUCGUCCUCAAGGGAAAAUCAGACCAGACGCUCAAGACGCUGCAGCAGUGCGCUCGUAUCAACAAGAGAACAGUCGAUCCGCUCAUUUACCAGGAAUUUCAAGCGGCAACGUUGAGAACGUACCAGCUGGAAAAAGAGAAUCCCACCAAUUGGAUGGAUCUCUUUCGCUCGCCAAAGAUGCGCCAACGCUUUCUCAUCAUCACGUUAACGUGGAUGGUCAUCACGGUGGUUUACGACGGCUACGUCCGCUCCUUGGCCAUCUUGCCCUAUAGCGUUUUCAUCACCAACAGCGUGGCCGGCUCCCUGGAAUUGCCGGCCGAUCUAGUGCCCGUCGUCACGCUCGAUCGACUCGGAAGGCGCUGGACUCUGAUGUUGGCCCUCGGUUGCGCUGGAUUGGCCGGAAUCGCCACCGGACUCGUUCCCCAGAGCUGGGCAAUGAUGAUGACUGUUCUGGCCAUGGCCAGUCGCUUCUUUAUCACCAUCGCCAUGAAUACGGGCCUGCAGUAUACUGUGGAACUCAUCCCGACGCAGUUGCGCGGCCAAGGGACCGGCGUCGUCCACAUCACUGGGCACGCUGCCACUUUCUUCGCUCCAUUCAUCCUCUAUCUGAGCACGUAUUACAACACGUUGCCGUACAUUGUGCUUGGUGCUUUAUCCAUUUUUGGCGGACUUGUUUGCCUUCUCUUACCGGAAACUGCUAAUCAAAAUUUGCCUGAAUCAGUCGCCGAUGCUGAACAUUUUGGAACGGGGCAAUCUUUCUUCAACAUACCGUGCCUAUCAAAGCGUCGUGAACGUCGAAGAAGAUUGAACGAUGUCGACAACGUUAAAAAGAUUUUACCAGCCUUGGAUGCUGUGGGCGUCAACUCUGCUCGUCGAUACGUCAAGGACCUGUCACAUCCACCGUGUCAGCUUGGAAAAUCUCAACAAGAAACGGGUUCUCUUCCUCGUAGACAGCAGACUGAAGGCUGCCAGAAUGACUCUUUUGCUAGCAGCAAUCCAUCUUUUUUGAAUCAGACCACUCGAUUUUGAUUACAUCCAUUUGUGCCUCCCGACUCUCUGCGGGAUGUACGCGUUGAUCCCCUUUCCCGCAAGUUGGACAGGCGUAUAAACGAACGAUUUCAAAUGGGUUCUCACAAUAAGGUUGUCCAAGUAGAACGAACGAUGAUGGCUCUGAAUCGCGCGUACGCGCCAUAACUGCUGGCACACAUAACAAGUCAUGUCUUCUAGACUAUUUUCUUCUUUGUUUGUUGAAUACGCAGCACAAGUCUACUAGUGUCGAAAGAUACAGAAGAGAUUGCAUUUCCAGAUCUGCUCAAAAAAAAAAAACUGAAUUAAUGUGGGAGCUGUUAUUACGUUAGCAAUGCGUGGAUAAACAACUUAUAGCCUGUAGAUUAAAAAAAAAAAGAUAUAAACAAUGAGUAUGAGACUUUUGAUGA